GUGGCAAUAAUCCCUCUUACACGCGCACACACACACACUCUCACAGGACAAAUCCGUUCAGGACUCCGACUCCCAAGUAUUACCCAUUGUUAUAAAUGUGCUUCAGGGUUCCAGGAAACAACACUGUCAACACACGUGGCUUUGUUUACACCGCUGUCUCCUACCUGGGCCAACUCAUGACGUCAUAUUUGGAAUAGUGACGUCACAAGAUGGCUGAAAGAAUGACGUCACACUUACACUUGAUAGUUUGAUAUUGAGAGUUUAUAUAUGUCCACAAGUGAAGCUAAAAGUGCUAAAGUGACUUACAACACUUAUGAGAGGAGAGGAAAACAAUGAUUUAUAUGUGCACAAUAAAUAAAAGUGAAAAUAAGUGAAAAAAUAUAAUGAAUUCAAUUUGUAAGUGUAUUUGAGUUUCUUAAACACGCUGGUGAAGUGAUAGUGAGUGACGGUGAUAUAAGUGAAGGCUAUUAGUUUGUAAGUGUCUUGGAAACUUAUAAUUUAUGUGGUUUAAGUGUCUCUUGGUUUAGGGAAAUAACACGUAUGUAACCACGAGUUGUGUCGUUGUUGAUGUGACUUUGUUGUGGUUGGCGUGGCUGAAGAAAGGGAAGAAACUGCAAAUUUGUCUUAAUAAAAGAUAAGAUGUGAUAAAGAAUUUCUCAGAGACAUAAAGUGACGCAAAUAAAGUGUUAAGUCGCGUGUGACUGACAAAUGUAUAAAUUACCGUAAUGAAGAUUAUCAAAUGGUCCUGGAGGUAGAUGAUUUACUUAUGACAGUGUAUAAAAACAAUGCCCCUAAAUAAGUGUUAUGACGCUAGUAGUGGUGAGGUGAUGCCUGUUGACUGGUGAGGUGAUGCCUGUUGAGUGGUGAAGUGAUGAAUGUUGAGUGGUGAGGAAUUUCUUGGGUAAACCUAAUAUGAUGGAGGUGGCGAGGCGAGGGUGGUGGCUGCUGUCUGGCUCAGGGGUGUUGAUGAUGGUGACAGCUGCCUCCGUCAACCCUCACGCAGGAUACAACACACAAGACAUCAAUUUUGGCCGCUUCUUCAAGGCGGCCACACAGACCAGUAAACGCCUGCUGAAGGAGGUGUUUCUGCUGAUGAUCAGCAGGUACCAGGUGAGGGCCGUGGACAAGUGGCCAACCACCGUAGCAGAAUUCUGCGCCGAUAUUCUCUCCUGGUCCAAGAGCAAAUAUCGCAAUGGCUUCAACGAGGAGGAGCGAUCCGUGUUGGAGCAGCCGCUUGCCUCAGCUGACUACGAUGUCUCCCUCCUGACCAAAAUGAUCCACAAGUUGCUGCCAGAGAUGAACUUGCCGGAGUCCUUCUUGAGGGCCUUACGAGAACUCAAGAAUGUCAGGAACAGAGUGUGUCACCAACACCAGCUGCUGGACGACGCCAACCUCAGAAGAAAUUUUGAUGACCUAAAAGUUAUUUUCGACAAUUUCCUGAGAGAAACAGGAGAGUUCUUCACAGCUGACGUGGCUGACCUGAAGAAUAUGAUCCAACACGAAACUGACGAGAUCUUAUCUUCACCCUUGCCGGCAGAUGCCUCCAAGUAUUAUUAUUUCGUUGAAAAGUUUCGAGUUGAACUUGUGGGCAAGUUUAUCACUUAUGCUAGACCAGAGUUGAUGAAUGAAUACUGCAAGUUGAAGACUCUCAACCCCUUCACGUGGCUGAGUGACGACCAGUUCCCGGACAUGGUGGUGGGCAAAAUCUUUACUCCUCUCGAUAUUGAGGAUGAUGGAAGGACUGUUGACAUAGAAUCACUUCUCUCGACAGAGUCACUCUGUCUAGAGACACAAGAGGAAUCGGGUAUACUCCCAUCCGCCCUCCUUCUCUCGGGUAUAGCUGGUUGUGGCAAAACAUCGCUGUGUCGCUACUUGCUUCAUGACUGGAGAGCCAGACCCGGUAAGAUCGCUGCCCUCAGGUCCGUCGACGUCAUUCUUCAUAUUGAGGUCAGGAAUAUAACAAGCAGCUCUCUGCUGUCACACUUACAGAACACUUUGUUGAGGGAAACUUGCAAGUUUUUUGAAGAAAAUGACGUCAUUAAUAUCUUGCAACAGAUGAACGUGUUGUAUAUCAUAGAUGGAAUGGAUGAGGCGACGGCAGAUGGCAAAAAACUGGUGAACGAGGUGCUGUCAGUUGUUGGUAACGCGAGAGUUAUCAUCACUACUCGUCCAGAGUUUACCCGUACCGUCAUCCAGGCACUACGCAGGUACCGCCUCACCUUCAUCAAACUCCGUAUUCAAGGGUUUUCUGACCAAGGAAUAGCAGAGUUUACCUCAAAUGUGUUCGCGGCUCUUGUAAGUGACGAGGAGAAACGUCGCCAGCAAGAGUGUGAGUUUCUGAGGCUGUUGAAGACUACUGGCAGAGGCCUGGGCGACCACCUCAAGCUGCCCCUCACCUUGGCCAUGGUCAUCUGCCUCUGGAGGGACGACCAGUCCAGGCUGUCACACGUCACUUCUGCUACAAGUCUAUAUUCCGAGAUAUUCAGGAUGUGCACCAUGAAGAUGAUCUCGAGGCUAGACACAACCACGGGUCUUCAUCCCCUGCAGAUGGAGACCUUCACGGAGGAGUGGCUGCUGGCGCUGGGCAAAGAGGCGCUGGAGAUGCUUGAUGAUAAUGAGUUUGUUAUUAGUGAUGACAGACGUAAUGUGUUAAUGUCCCUGUGUGCAGCUAAACACAUUGACAGUAUUCAGGUCCUGUCUGCCUUCCUCAUUUGUGAAGUGAGUGAGACCAGGAGAGGAAUACACUACCAGUUCUCCUUCUUACACAAAAGCCAAAUGGAAUAUCUUGCUGCCUUACACGUCACUCAAGAGUUAUUGUCAUUGGCACAUUCUAGCCCACAGAGAAUUGACAUUAUGAUGCAGAAGACGAAAAUAUUCCCCGACACAGAGCUUUUGUUAUCUGAGAGUAGAUAUAAGAGGAAGAACACACUUAAGUUCGUCUUAGGUCAUCUUUGUAGGAAAAACGUCUCAGGUCCCAUGUUUCAUAAAGUAGUAGAGACAUUAAUAGACUUACACCCAAGUUGUCAUGACCUACCAUCUCUCUGGCAGACAGUACAGGAAUCUAACCGUCAUCCCGACGUGUGUGAGAUGGUUGUUUCUCUAGGUGACAAGUACUACGUGUGGAGCCCAAAGAGUGCAGAGUUAACUGAUCCUACGAACCCAACUUUUCAAUUACUCAAACACACGAGAUUCACGCCCACGGGAGCUGUGAUCAGAGUUGUCGGCAGUGAUCAAGAGGUAAACAUCCUGGCAGAAAACGGUCGUGUAGAAAAUAAAAGAUAUGAGAACUUGUCUCUCUUGAUGAGCCUGCUCGCUCAGAGACCCUCCAUGGGGGUGGUGGUGAGGGCAGACCAACACUUCUACUGCUGGGGAAGUCCUCACACCACCGACCACCUAAUAACAACACUUCUGCCAAAAGGCAACUUGACAGCUGUCAUGUGUCAUCUGGGUGAGCGAGGGGCUGCUGCCCUGGCCGCCGUCAAGAAGAUCGGGGAAGUGUGCAUCAGGAUCUCAGAUGUGUCAGCGCUGCGUGCCCUGAGAGACUCGCUGUCCGCCAUCACAGGAAAGUUAGAAGCCUUGACUCUUCGUCUGGAUAUACCGUGGACGGUGUCACCCUCGACACUGCCAACCUUUAAGAAGCCCCUCGACCUCACCAUCGUCUUGAAGGACGUGGACGAUGAUCACGGUGUGUGGGCCGCUGAGGUCAUAGCUCGACUCAGCUCCUUGUACACGGAGGUAGACCUCGUGGCCUCCAGCCUCACACCCUCUGGUGGAGAGACUUUCCUUAAGACUCUCAGGGAGAGGCAGGUGAUGAUCUCUGACAAGCUGACGAUACGUUCCUUCCACAAACUGGAGGAGGGACAGUACCAGAAGAUGGCCCAGAUGGUCCAGUGUUCCUUAUGUUGGUGGUACUGAUGGUCCAGUGUUCCUUAUGUUGGUGGUACUGAUGGUCCAGUGUUUCUUGGUACUGAUGGUCCAGUGUUCCUUGUUACUGAUGGUCCAGUGUUCCUUGCUACUGAUGGUCCAGUGUUCCCUGGUACUGAUGGUCCAGUGUUCCUCGCUACUGAUGGUCCAGUGUUCCUUAUGUGGUGGGUACU